UUUUAGAAAUCAGAGCUCGAAUUUACCGUAAAGUUCCGGUUUUAUUCGGUUUUGGACUUAAAAACGCAUCUAUGCACUAUGCUCUUGCUUGCUUUGCCGUAUGUGGCAGAAAAAAAUAUAAAUGAGUAACCAGCUGUUUUUGUUCUCCAAGCGCUUGAAAAUCGGUGAAAAUCAGUAUGAAUCAAAAUUAAAUAGUGUCAUUUCAUCUUAAGUCAGUGACAUUUAGUGAACUGAAUGUGAAAUUAUUAACAUUCUUGAAAAUUUAUGUAGAGUCAAAAAUUUAAUCGAUUUGAAGUUUUGUCAAACAUCACUCUCGAUAAAUGGACUGCGUUAGUGAUUUAUUCUGCGUCUUACUUGAGGAACAUACAAUGUGUUGAUUAUAGGCCAACAGGCAAAGUUUUUGUGUAUCUUCUCCUGCUGCUACAGGACCACAUAGAAAAAUAGCUCCGCGGUGUGUCAUUUAUCGUGCGGUGAGUGAUAUACGUGUUGAGUACGGUCAGCAAGUGCAAGGCGGACGGUGAGACUCGAGUGUGGACUGGUGUGAUGUGGUAGUGAGUCAGUGUAGUAUAGCGCAGUGGAUGCGGAGACAGCGUCGUAGCGCUCGCCCUGGCAUGGUGCCGGGCAGGUAGCGCGCGCGGGCGGCCUGCGCAGGCCCCACACAAGCAGCCGCGUGUGUCCCUCAGCGUCGUCUAUGGCCGAGCAACACAUCACACCGUCGUCGCACUCUGCACUCACGAGAGAGUCCAGCGGGUCUUCUCCUAGCAGGGUGGUGGGCGGUCGGUGGUUGCGUCAGGUGCGUCGAGCGAGCCAUAGCCGUCGGAGCAGACGUAACGUGACGUCGCCCCUGCCGCGCUCCACCAGCCGACACUCCUCCAGCCGCGUGUCCGACGCGGAGCCCUACGCCAACGUCGAGCUGCGCAGGAGCUCGCGCCUCAUCAACACACUGCCCAGGUCCGACUACUCCAUCACAGAACGCUGGUCCUACGGAACAGACGUAUACGAGACACGCUGUGACACUACCGAGUUUAAGGGUGGAGACGCCCACAAAUCUAGCGUUCACCCGAAACGCGGACGGACUUCCUCGCAUGACAGGAAAAAACGUAAGACCAUAUCGAACAAUAGUGCAGAGGAGUGCGUCGCAUAUUGUACACGCUCACGGACUGCUCUUAAAACCAGCGAGAGUGCUUGUGAGCCAAUUCCGAAUAAUCCUAAACCUCAUACAUUAACACAGUUUCCACUGAACCAGAACGCCACAGCCACUUCCACCCAAGCUAACCCGGAAGGUGGCUUGCUGCCACUGGACGAGAGAGACUUUGCUUAUUCACCGUUCAGCUCGUCGACUGUUACCGAGUUACUUGACUCAGAUUAUUCUGUAUACAGUCCUACAGCUAGUCGACGAAAAGGGAAGAAGAGAAAGCGAUCUACACAUCGCUCGCUAUCGAGUAGAAAGAGCAGUUGUCUGCUCAACGUAGAGGAGUGCCGGAAGAAAUUUAAAAUAGAUUCGCACAGUAAAGACGAGACAGACACUAGCAGUACUGGAAGGUCGUCAAAACACGAGCUCGACAAGUCAGAACAUACUUCAGGAACUGCGUGCACUUAUCUGCUACGGAAUAGACACAGCCACCUUGGACCUCCCACCUCGACUGUCAUUAGUGACCAUUCCGCGAACCCGCCGGGCGACGUGGUACACAAUCAAGUAGCGGCGGAGCACGAGAGUAGCUCCUCUGACAGCGUCGACAGCGGCAGUGUCGCCACCCCGCCACCAUAUAGCGAUAUCCAAGAAGCCAGCUCGUCAAAGGCCCACAGCUCUGCGAGUAAAUUAUUAAUAGUCCCGCGAGAUCUUCCUUACUUGCGUCAAACUAACGCGCGAAGGAGCAUCGCAGCUGCGACGGGGGCGACCCUGGGUGCUUGCCUGACGAGGGGAGCCAGCACUUCGCAGCGUCAUCGACAAGACACUGCGUCUAAAAGACAGGUAUCCAGUAGCGAGGGCGCAGGCAGCAGCGCGGCAGGCGGGCGGCGAGCGCGAGCUCGCGACAUGCCGCAGCCGCAGCCAGCGUCCACGCGUCGAGACAAACGAGGUAAAAGCAGCCUGGGUUCUUGUGCCAGUACUGGUGGUGCGUCCAGCCGGUCUCACCCCCAGCCUUUAACAACGGGUGCCGUGGCAUCCACAUCUUCCACCCCGCCGGCUUCUGCGUCAGCUCUGAUGCCUGACAACGCAGCCAAUGAUGCUAAGCCCAAGGGCAAGGCGUCGUCCUCCUCGGAGGAGUGCGCUGGCGGCGGGGGCGGCGGCGGCAGCGGCGUGGGCGGCAGCGGGUCGGGCGCGGGCGCCGAGGAGUCGUCCUCGGAGGAGGGCGAGGUGGGCCGCCUGCAGGCGCUGCUGGAGGCGCGCGGCCUGCCGCCGCACCUGCUGGGCGCGCUCGGCCCGCGCAUGCAGCAUCUGCUGCACCGCACUGUCACUGCCAACUCGGCUGCUUCGAAAGCGGCUCAGCUGCUUGCCGGGCUGCAGGCCACAGGCGACGAGGGGCAGCAGCUGCAGGCGGUGAUCGAGAUGUGCCAGCUUUUGGUGAUGGGCAACGAGGACACGCUCGCCGGCUUCCCUGUGCGACAGGUCGUGCCCGCGCUCGUCAACCUGCUGGCCGCUGAACACAACUUCGAUAUGAUGAACCACGCGUGUCGCGCGCUCACGUACAUGCUGGAGGCGCUGCCGCGCAGCAGCGGCGCCGUGGCGCUGGCGGUGCCCGCCUUCCUCGACAAGCUGCAGGCCAUCACCUGCAUGGACGUGGCCGAGCAGAGCCUCACCGCGCUCGACAUGCUGUCCCGGAGACACUCCAAGGCUAUCCUGCAAGCGCGCGGCGUGUCGGCGUGUCUGACGUACCUGGACUUCUUCUCUAUCAACGCUCAGCGCGCCGCCCUAUCCAUCACGGCGAACUGCUGCCAGAACCUCACGCCCGAUGAGUUCCACCUCGUCAGGGACUCGCUGCAACUCCUGGCUAAUAGACUUACUCAACAAGACAAGAAAUCAGUGGAAUGCGUGUGCUUAGCGUUUUCACGCCUCGUAGACAGCUUCCAACACGACCCAGCUCGUCUGCAGGAGAUUGCCACACCAGAGUUGCUCACUAAUCUGCAACAGUUGCUGGUGGUCCAGCCGCCGCUGAUAUCGGGCGCCACGUUCAUCACGGUGCUGCGGCUGCUGUGGGUGAUGUGCGCCGCCUGCCCGCAGCUCGCGCUGGCCCUGCAUCAGCGCUCCAUCGCCGACACGCUGCUGUGUCUGCUCACAGGCUCCAGCCUUCAUCAAGAGCAAGUGGAACUAAUCCCACGACUUCCGCAAGAGCUGUAUGAGAUAACAUGUCUGAUCGGCGAGCUGAUGCCGCGCCUGCCUACUGACGGCAUCUUCGCAGUGGACGCGCACCUCGACCGACCCUGGUCGGCCACCACCGACCGCGCGGCGCACUGGCAGUGGCGGGACGAUAGAGGUGUAUGGCGUUCGUACUCUUGGGCAGAGAGCCGCGCACUCGAAGCGGGCGCGGCGGCGGGCGAGGAGGAGGUGUGCCUGACGACACUGGGCCGCUCGUACACUGUGGACCUCACGGCCAUGCAGCAGCUCAACGACCACACCGGCACCGCGCGCCCCGUGCAGCGCGUCGCGCCCGCGCCCGCGCCCGCCGACGCGCACGCGCCCGACCACGCGCCCGCGCCCGACCCUCGCAUAGCGAUGGUGCGGUCAAACCCGUCGCUGGCGCGCGCCCUGCUGGCGGUCCUGCACGAGGUGUACUGGAGCUCGGCCGGGCCCGCGGUCCGCUCGCAGGCCCUCAAGGCGAUCCUGCGCUGCGUCUACUACGCCGACGCGCCGCUGCUGCGCCAAGUGCUUAAAAUGCAGGUGAUCUCGUCACACAUUGCCGGCAUGAUGGCCUCCAGCGACCUGCGCAUCGUGGUGGGCUCGCUGCAGCUGGCGGAAAUCCUGAUGCAGCGUCUGCCGGACGAGAUGGGCGUGCAGUUCCGGCGCGAGGGCGUGCUGCACCAGGUCGCACAGCUGGCCGAGCGCGUGCCGCCCGCGCAGCCCGCCAGGCAUCAUCCUCUCAAGUCUCCGAGCGGAGGCAGCGUCCGUUCAAGCGGUGGAUCUUCCCCGCCCGCGUCCACGUCGGCUACGUCACUGGAACAUCAGAAUAACCUGUCACUGGCGUUCUCCGCCUCGGGAUCAUUCGUCGCCAGUACUAUGGCAGCCGCAGGCAGCGACGGUAGCGGCUCCGAGCCCGGACAACAAGCCUCGGCUUCCACACAUGCACAGAUGUCCGCUACUUCCGUGCACAGGUCGGGCAGCCCGCUGCAGCUGGCGGAGAUGCUGAAGCGCAAGCGCGCGGUGAAGCGGUCCGGCGGCGCGGGCACGCGCCACGCGCGCCGCCGCGACGAGCCCGCGCCCGCGCACGCGCCCGCGCCGCCGCACGCGCACCUCGCGCACCCCGCGCACGCCGCGCACGCGCACCACGCCGCCUCGCCGCACGCUGAACACAGCGCUGCACUACGUUGGUCCAGCUCAAGCGCGGUCGGCGCAGCUGCAGGAGUGGGCGCGGCUGCCGGUGUGGGCGGGGCCCGCUCGGCCACACGCGUGGGCGGAGCUUCCAAGACUUCGUCAUUCUUGUCGUCACUGAACCCAUCGCGUUGGGGCCGCUCGCCGCACGCGCACAAAGAUACUGGCCUCCUUGCCUCACCACACACAUCUGCCAAUCUCACGGUGCAGAACAAGGAGAAGGUCCGCGAGUGGAUCCAGUGGACGGCGUCCCGCGUGCAGCGCGAGUGGGGCGCGCUGGGCGGGUGCGGCGGCGCGCUGGAGCAGCUGGCCGCGCUGGCCGCCGCGCUGCCGCACCACCACCACCGCCGCGCCGCGCUGCACCAGCUGCGCGACACGCUGCUGCACCACGACGUGUCGCCCUUCGAGGUGAACCACUCGGGAGUGCUGGGCGCUCUGCUACAGUUCCUGACGGGCGUGGAGCCGGAGGGCGAGGCGGGCGAGGCGCGCGACGGCGACGGCGAGGGCUGCGACGACAGCGUGGCUGCCGCUGAGGACAGGCUGCGGCUCUUCCUGCACGUGUUCGCCGACAUGCCGCUGUCCGUUGACACGGAGUGGAACGACGGGCUGCAGUCCCUGGGCGCGGUGGGCGCGGGCAGCAGCAGCGGCGGCUACGGCGGCGCGGCGCUGGGCGCGCUGGUGAGCAAGGUCAACGCCUGCGUGUCGCACCUCGAGCAGUUCCCCGUGCGCGUGCACGACCUGCCCGCGCGCCCCGCCACCUCCGCGCUCAAGUUCUUCAACACACAUCAGCUUAUGUGCGAUCUCAAACGUCACCCGACUUGCAGUAAUCUGAAGCAAUGGAAGGGUGGCGUUGUGCGGAUUGAUCCGCUAGCUUUAGUUCAAGCCAUAGAAAGGUACCUAGCGCAGCGUGGCUACGCGAGCGGGCGCGCGCGCUCCGAAUCCGGCGGCGGCCCGCACUCGGACGACGACGCCGCCUCCGAUGAUGAUGUGGACGAUUCGCUCGCCACGCCGCCACACCACCCUACUGAUUCUGACCACAAACUGGAGUUCCUGAUCGGCGACACAGUGCUUCCGUACAACAUGACGGUGUACCAGGCUGUGCGCCAGUUCGGCGAGCAGACCGACGCCGACACCGACACUGAGACACCUCUCGCAAACGCGGGCAUUUGGGUGCAAACUCACACGAUCUACUACCGCGCGGUAGAGGCGGGCGAACAGGCUCGCUCCGACACUACCGCCUCUCGGAAAGGCAAGGGACAGCCCACCAAGCUCUCCUCAAGGCGUAAACCUGAUCUCUUGUGGAAUGAGGGCCUGGUCCCGCGGCGCGAGUCCCCGCUGGUGGUGAUCCUGCGCGCGGCGCCGCUGAGCGAGGGCGAGCUGCGCGACGCGGCGCUGCCGGCGCUGGGGCUGCUGCGCGCGCUGCACGCGCUGUGCCGCCACUGGCACACGCUGUACCGCGCCGCCUGCCUGCCCGACCACCGCCCGCUCGUGCCCAACGCAGAGUUCAUCAACGCCAAGCUCGCCGCUAAAGCCAACCGUCAACUCCAAGACCCACUCGUCAUAAUGACAGGAAAUCUCCCUCCAUGGCUGAAGAAAAUUGCCUAUGCAUGCCCGUUCGUAUUGCCGUUCGAGUGCCGACACCUAUUGUUCUACGUAGUAUCGUUUGACCGCGACCGCGCGCUGCAACGCCUUCUGGAAGCAGGCGGCGAGCGCGGCGGAGGCGGCGCCGCCGGCGGGGCUGACGAGCGCGUCGCGCCGCGGCUAGACCGCCGCAAGCGCACUGUACAGCGGCACAAUGUACUGAGACAGGCUGAACACGUCAUGCAUGAGUUCGCGCACUCCAAGGCUUUGCUGGAAAUCCAAUACGAAAAUGAAGUGGGAACCGGUCUCGGACCCACACUCGAGUUCUACGCGCUCGUAUCUCAGGAGCUGCAGCGCGCCGACCUAGAUCUCUGGCACGGCAGUGAGAACUUUAAACAGAAGCCCACGUCUUUCGGCGGAGAGAUCGUGAAGAGCCAGCCGCCGGUGGUGACCGACCGAUCGGCGGACGCGGCGGCGCGGCUCGCGUCCUCCGUGCGGGACGCGCUCAACCUGGACGAGGAGCGCGCGCCCGAGCCCUCCGACCUCGAGAAGGAGACGUCCAUCCCAUCUCCCGCGCCCGACGCCACCUACGUGUCGUGGCCCUGCGGCCUGUUCCCGCAGGCUGUCGGCCGCAACGCCAGAGCCUCGCAUGUAUCUCGUGCUAAGGCCAAAUUCCGAUUCCUGGGGAAGUUCAUGGCUAAAGCUGUCAUGGAUUCUAGGAUGGUGGACAUUCCGCUGUCGGUGUCAAUGUACCGCUGGCUGGUGAGCGAGGAGAAGUGGUUGUCUCUGAGUGACGUGCGGCACGUGGCGCCGGAGCUGUGGCGCUCUCUGUGUCGCCUGCGCCGCGUGGCCGAGCGCGCACGCGUAAUCGCGCUUGACUCGCGCCAGAGCGCCGAACAGAAGACGCAACUGAUAAGUGGGCUCGAGCUGGAUGGCUGUCCUAUCGAGGAGCUGGGCUUGGACUUCAUCCUGCCGGGCGACGGCUGCACGGAGCUGCGACGCGGCGGCCGCGACCUGCCCGUCACCGCGCACAACCUGCACAACUACAUUGAUCUCGUUACUCACUGGCUGCUCUAUGAGGGUGUGACCAAACAAAUGGAAGCAUUCCGCGAAGGAUUCGAAUCAGUAUUCCCACUAGCCAACCUUAAAAUAUUCUACCCUGAAGAAAUGGAACAAGUAUUCUGUGGUAGUCCCUCUGGAGGGCGUGACCAGCGCUGGGAGCCGCGCAUGCUCGCCGAGUGCAUCCGCCCCGACCACGGGUACAACGCCGAGUCGCGCGCAAUACGCAUGCUCAUCGACAUAUUAGCCUCAUAUAACCGCGAGGAGCAGCGUCUAUUCUUGCAAUUCGUGACCGGAAGCCCGAGGUUGCCCACUGGAGGUUUCAAGGCGCUGAAUCCGCCGUUGACGGUGGUGCGCAAGUCGCUGGAGUCGUCGCUGGACCCCGACGAGUACCUGCCGUCGGUGAUGACGUGCGUGAACUACCUGAAGCUGCCGGACUACACCAGCGCCGAGGUGAUGCGCGGCAAGCUGCGGCUGGCCGCCUCCGAGGGCCAGCACUCCUUCCACCUGUCGUGAACGCCCCGUCGUGUCGCCAUCUCCCCCACUACUGUGAUUUCUUAUCGACCCCUGAGUUGUUUGUAUACAUGUGUGAAUGCGGUUAGUGAUACCUAUAAUAAUUGUGUUACGACGGUGCGCACGCUCCGGACGACUGCUGUUUAUGUGCAAUCAAAGUGAUUUUAUUAACCUUAAUGUGACAGACACUUAAAGUGCUGUGCGUUCUAUAGUUUUGUUUUUCUUUGGAUUCUUUUUAGAUUACAGACAUAUGUUUAUAUUAUAUUUUGUGUUAAUUUAAUGUGAUAACUUUGUAUAUUACUUUCUCUGUGCAUCAGAGACUCUCAGUAUAGAAGCUUAUAUGGUGAAUAUGUAUCAUGGAUGGAUUUUGUUGGCUUGAUUGUAUGGAGACAACACUGCUCGAGUCGGUGUUGCGCCGCUAGCCACGGGACUGACCAUCCAUGCUGCCGAGUUUGCUAAACCUACAUGAUAGAGAGUGCCCAUAAGUUUUCAAUUCGCGAGAUACUUCUCGAAUACCACCUGCAGUUGAUUAUUUCUGAUUAGAUUGGCACAUCAUUUAUAUUUAAGCUAUUUGAAGGACCAUUAAAACUUAUUUGAGUGUCCUAUAAAUUAUAAUAGCAUUUAUUACCAAACGGUGUAUGUUUUAAGUAUCAUAAAUGAGUAAAGAAAAAGUGCAAAAUUUAAUAUGUAACAAUUUCAAUAAAACCAUGUAAACAAUAUUGAUCAA